GCGAGUCUCGCGAGAGUGGGCUCGGCUGCGGCCGGCCGGCCUGUCAUGGCGGGCGGAGGGAGGCGUGAGGCGCGGACGAGCCUGUUGGCCUUCGCGCUGGGCGGCUCCGUGGCUGCCGUCCCGCUGCUGCUCUCGGCCCCGCCGCCCUCGCUCCUCGCCGGGCCGGGCCUCCAGGGCCGGGCCGCCUUGGCGCUCCACGUCGCCGGCGUCAACGCCGCGCUCCUCCUCGCCUGGGGACGCGCGCCCGGAGGCGCCUACCAGAUUGCCAUCCGGGCCUGUUUCCUCGGCUUUGCUUUCGGCUGCGGUUUGUUGCUUAGCUUCGGACAAUCGACUUGGAAGCAUUUCGGCUGGUACAUGUGCUCCUUGUCUCUCUUCCAUUAUUCGGAGUAUUUAGUGACUGCCGUCAACAACCCCAGAAGCCUGUCUUUGGACUCUUUUUUGCUCAACCACAGCUUCGAGUACAACAUGGCGGCUAUUUCAUCCUGGGUCGAGUUCACAGUAGAAAAAUUCAUAUUCCCAGGCAUGAAGCAGCUGACGUGGCUGAGCUCGGCCGGCCUGCUGAUGGUGGUCUUUGGGGACCUGCUGCGCAAGGCGGCCAUGCUGACGGCCGGCUCCAACUUCAACCACAUUGUCCAGAACGAGAAGUCCGAGACCCACCGGCUGGUGACCAGGGGCGUCUACGCGUGGUUCCGGCACCCCUCCUACGUGGGGUGGUUCUACUGGAGCAUCGGCACACAGAUCCUGCUGUGCAACCCCUUGUGCGCGGUGGGCUACACGCUGGUCUCGUGGCGCUUCUUCCGGGAGCGCAUUGAGGAGGAGGAGCUGACGCUGAUCCACUUCUUUGGGGAGGAGUACCUGGCCUACAAGCAGAAAGUGCCCUCGGGGCUGCCCUUCAUCCGGGGCGCCAAGGCCGAGUUCUGAACCCCAGAGGGCAUCUAGUCCAGCCCUUUUCCUGCAGAAAGAACUCCCCGGCUCUGGUUCGCUUGGCGGUCAGUCUCGGACCCAGAUGAUUGGAGCUGCAGCGUGUCAGUCCCGAUUCCGGAGCCGUCUUUGAAUCUAUUUUUGGAUGGAUGGAUGGAGAUAGAUAGAUAGAUGGACAGAUGGAUAGAUAGAUAGAUAGAUAGAUAGAUAGACGGAUGGAUGAAUGGACGGACAGACGGACAGAUAGAUGGUUAGAUACAUGGAUGGAUGGAUCGAUCGAGAUAGAUAGAUAGAUGGACAGAUGGAUAGAUAGAUGGAUGGAUGGAUGGAUAGGUGGACAGAUAGAUGGUUAGAUACAUGGAUGGAUGGAUCGAUCGAGA